AUGCACAUGAUCCUAAAAAAAAAAAUGUUAUUCAAUGAAUGCUUGCUUUGGCGAGUUGCCAGAGUUACUAAGGAAAUUGCAAAAUAGCGAUUCACACAGUACGGCUUUAACUUUUCCGACAGCUUCCAGGAACAGAAGGAGCAAUGAGAUCUUGCGAUUUACCAUGGCCACUACACUGUUGACAAUCCUUUUAAUUGCAUGUGGUUAUGUCAUCUGUGAAAUCAAUGAAGAACACUGUGCGGACUACGGGGUGGACUUCCAUCGCUCCUAUGUUGUUCAAGGAGAAGCUGCAGUGUUAAACUGCACACUGCUAGAUCCCUUAUUAUUGGAACUUGUAGGUAAUAAUACCUAUAAUAUCACCUGGUAUAAAAGUGAAACAGGGAAAGAGUUCUUUGGAGAUGGAGACACAAUACGUGCGAUUGAUGAGCUCCUUUGGUUUCUCCCAAUCUCUCUGACCGACACAGGGCACUAUGUGUGCGUUCUCAGAACUUCUACUAUUUGCAUUAAGCAAGCUAUAUCUCUUGAAGUAAAAGAGACAAAGAAGGACAACUGCAUUCACACUUUCACAUAUUUGCAAGUGCUACCAGCUUCAUCCAAUGAUAAUGUGGUUUGUCCAGAUGUGAAUAUCUUCAUGGAUAAGUCAGACAGUUAUGAGUUUCUUUGGUACAAGGAUUGUGAGCUGAUAGAAAAUGUCAACAGAUAUCGAUACAACAACGACAAGCUAUUAAUCCGCACAGUGGAAACUGAAGACAAAGGAAAUUAUACCUGUGUGGUGACAUUUAAUUUAAACAGGACACAGUAUAAAGCAUCCAGAACCAUACACAUUGAUGUAAAAGUGGAUUAUCAUGUACACCCCGUUGUUAUUAAUCCUAUCAAUAAUACCAUUGAAACUUGGCCUGGAUCCCCUUUCAACAUAGUCUGUAAAGUGUUUACAGGGUUUUAUGGAGAAAAUGAUCUUACCGAUGCAUGGUGGAGUGUAAAUGAUACAUAUAUUGAAAAUAGUAGUCGAAUUACAGUAGGAAACCAACAGGAAAUCAACACACAAAUUGGCCAGAUGGUUGAAGUUCAGCUAAUUAUUACUGAAUUAAAGGAGGAGGAUUUUGGCGCUAACUUCAGCUGCUUUGCUAUAAAUGGAAGAGGUAGUGCUGUUGCAUACUUCCUGCUGAAGCCUGCAGGGCCCAGUUUUAUGGUUUAUGUUGGACUGACUUUUGCCAUACUUGCAUUACUCACCAUUACAAGUUUGGGCACCUACAAGAUUUUCAAGAUUGAUAUUGUCCUCUGGUAUAGAAAAUCAAGUCAUCUUAUUACAAAAAAUCAAGAUUCAGAUGGAAAGAUUUACGACGCAUACAUUAUCUACCCAAGAAACCACCAGCCCAGUUCCUCAAAACAUCCUACCAUAUUUGCACUGCAGAUACUGCCACAAGUCUUGGAGAAAAAGUGUGGCUACAAACUCUUCAUAUUGGGAAGGGAUGAGCUGCCUGGUGAAGCUGUGGCAGACAUUGUAAAUGAAAACAUACAGAACAGCAGAAGACUGAUUAUAGUUUACACAUCCACAACGUUUGGACUGGAGGACUCGGACAUUCAGCUGGAACGACAGGCAGGAUUGCACGACGCCUUCAUUCACAACCAAAUCAAAGUCAUUUUAAUUGAGUUGGAGAAAAUCAAAGACUAUUCUGACUUUCCUGAAUCAAUCCGGUAUUUAAAAAACAAACAAGGAGCAGUAAGAUGGGAAGGAGAUUUCACAGAAAAAAGUAUGUCUCCGUCCUCACGGUUUUGGAAGCAUGUUCGAUAUCACAUGCCAUUGAAAACGCCGGGCCUAUCAUGAAAAAGAAUGUGCCGUUAGGGUUAUAACCUCCCAGAGCUUGGAAACCUCUUUCAGGGCUCUUUCUCUGGUUAGGAGUGCAUUUUAUUGCCAUGCUUUUUCUACUGUGAAUAUGAUUCAGAGCAAACAAAGCUUUCUGCCCAUUCACACCUACAAUAGACCUGGCUAUAGACUGGGAGGCAGCUAAUUCAUAUGUCAAGGCCAGUAAAAGAGAACACACUAAAUGCAGUAGCUCUGACAAAAAUAAUGUAUGCUACAGUUUCAUGAAGAAGUGUUAUCUUUUAUUGCAACCAGUACACACCUUUUAAUGAGGAUUUUUAAAAAGUUUAUUGUGUUGUUACAUAGUAAAAGCAACAUAAGGUUAAGCAUAGUGAAGGAAUGAUGAAAUCUAAGCGACUCAUUUAGUUUUAUUAAGCUUUAUUCACAACAUUUUAAUAACUGCUUUAAGAUUGUUUUUGUUAAAACCUAUUCUUAAUAAUUAAAUCAAGUCUGCAGUCCUUCGAUUAUUGUGAAUAGGACCUGUUAGUUGUUAACUAGCUUGUUAACAGAUCAACAAAUAUGCAAUUAUUAUUAUGAUUGCCACUGUUGUAAAUUAUAUGGUUACAUUAUUAAAUAUUAACCUUUUUAUUGCAGCCAGGACAAGCACAAUGAUAUCCUGAAAAGUAUCACAAAAUGUCCAUUUAAAAUAUCAAAUCUAGCACUACAGAACUCUGUCUUGUUCACAUCCCUUAAAAGCCAUCUUUCCUGUCAUUAGUCAGCCGGCUGCCUACUGACUGACAAUACUGCUUUUCAGCUAGUAACCCCAAAGACACUACUCAAGUGGAAUGACAUAGGCACUGACACAUUAAAAGGCUUCAUGUAAGUAAGGCAAGCAGACUUUGAACUUUCCUUAUCCUGUUAUAGUAUCAGAAAUCAUGGUUUUAAAAUGAAAAGACAUGUUGGUAUAAUUCAAGUAGCUUUAAAAACGUUGAGACCUACUGUAUAAAGCAAAUGGAAGUGCACAACGGGGAAUAUGUAUUUAAUACUGUGUGAAUUACAACCCAUUUAACAGAAAUGAACAGCUAGUUGAAUUGGUAAAACAUAGAUAAACUUGACUAAAACAAGAGACAUCUAUAGCAAGCAAAGCAUGGGGAAUAGUGCAGUGCACAUUUACCAUGAUUAUAAGGGUGCAAUGUUUUUUAGAAUCGUUUUUUUUUUUUUUUUUUCAAUAGCAAUUUAUGCUUCAGCUACAAUAUAUCAGUACAAUAACCUGUGAAAACAAUAAUUCUAUACCAGUACUAUAACUGUAUUCAUUGUUUAAGAGAUUCCACAUGACAUUUUACAUGGAUUUGAAAACAGUCGUCUAACCCAAUUUUAAAAUCAGCUCAACUGUUAUCCAGGUUUGGACAACUGUUGAGAUUUAGAAACAACAUUUAUUAGACAUGUGCUGUACAUAGUACUUUAUUUGAACUUACUGAAGAUGCCAAAAAUAAGGUAGAGGUUGGGGAGGAGGAUAUAAACUCACAAGCGUGGCACAGACUGCUAAAAGUCACCCUUUUGUUUUUAAAUGACUACUGCGCCCAGAAUGGCUUUACAUUUUUUUUCUGGAUUAAUGGAAUGGAGUUUGGUCACUAUCACCAAUGACUGAGAAUAUUUUAGCACUACCUUCUGUAACAAUUCAUUUUUUCACUUUAAGGCCAAAGCAGUGUGAUGGUUGGUACUGGUUAAAUUGAUGUAUGUUCUUUUAAAACAUAUCUAAUUGCAAAAUACAGAAUACCUUUUAAUUUGGGUUACUGUAGCUUACUGAAAAAUUGACCAAAUACACUGUUCUUAAAACCAAACACUUACACAGAAUGUAAUGUAAAGACUAACGUCUGGAAUGCACUGCUGGUAAAACUAUUAAAACCUCUGUGGUUAAAGAAAAAGGCUUGUAACCAGGAGGUCCCUGGUUCAAAACCCACCUCAGCCACUGACUCAUUGUGUGACCCUGAGCAAGUCACUUAACCUCCUUGUGCUCCGUCUUUCGGGUGAGACGUAAUUGUAAGUGACUCUGCAGUUGAUGCAUAGUUCACACACCCUAGUCUCUGUAAGUCGCCUUGGAUAAAGGCGUCUGCUAAAUAAACAAAUAAUAAUAAUAAUAAUAAUGUACAAUACUGUAUGUUUCUACUUAUUACAAACCAACAUUGAAACGUGGCUUAUACAGACUUGGUAACGUGUCUUUUGCAAAACAUAGCUCAAAUGAAGACUAUAAAUAAAUACUACAGUGUGUACCGUGGGAUCCAGGUAUAUUUGCAACUUUCACACACAUGCCUUCUAUUUUGAGUGUUAAUUGAAUAAAAUACCUGCAUAGUGAUUUUGGCAAAUUGUGUCUGAGCCAUUUAAAUAAAAUUUUAAAAAAAUA